GUCUGUCUUGACAAUGACAGUGUGUUCUUGCAGUAUCUCGGGUUGACUCACCCUCCGUCUGCAGACUUGCUGGCCAUUUGGGAAAGGAGGCAGAGGCGUUGAGAUGGGAGGUGUCAGAUUGUCACUGAGACAUUUCUAAUCUGUGAUGUGUGGUUCUGAAGCCAACUCUUCCCGCCUGCUUUUCCUGUUUUCUGCAGCACCCCUGGGGAAAGACAUUUUCUGCUCCCGCCAAGUUGGCAAGGCCUGCUUCCCGAGCUGGGCAGGCGCUGUGAUUGCCGGGCCCAGCGCCUCCUGAAAGCCCUACUCUCCUCCUGAGGGCACACUGGGAGGAUCAUGGGAGAGACAGAAGGAAAGAAAGAGGAGGCUGACUAUAAGCGGCUGCAGACCUUCCCCCUGGUCAGGCACUCGGACAUGCCAGAGGAGAUGCGAGUGGAGACCAUGGAGCUUUGUGUCACAGCCUGUGAGAAGUUCUCCAACAACAACGAGAGUGCUGCAAAGAUGAUCAAAGAGACAAUGGACAAGAAGUUCGGCUCCUCCUGGCAUGUGGUGAUCGGCGAGGGCUUUGGGUUUGAGAUCACCCACGAGGUGAAGAACCUCCUCUACCUGUACUUCGGGGGAACCCUGGCCGUGUGCGUGUGGAAGUGCUCCUGACAUCUUCACUGUGGCUCUCCUGCCUCUCCUCUGGGCUGGGGAGCAGCCCUAGGCAGAGCCUGGCCCUUGCAAGGAGAGUUCAGUCUUGUCUUUUGUCUUGUGUACCAGUUUCCUGAGCCAUGCCCGAGUGUGCAUUUAGUGACAUCUCCACCCCCGGGCUCUCUGUUUUCUCCCUGAGUCCUGAGCUGUGGACAGGCAUCUCUGUGCAUGAGGGGUGAGGCCAUGGGAUUUUUCUCCUUGGAAUGGACUGGUACCACCUUUUCAUCCCAGGAGCCCCAAAGCCCCUCUGCCCCCAGGACUGCUGGGAAGUAUCUACUGCCCUCAUCAUCAGUGGCUCUGUGGAAGCAGCCUAAGAGGAGGCUCUUCUCAUGAGACCCAGGGACUUCUCUCCUUGUCAUUGGGGAAGGGGGCUCCCUCUCCCCUUCCCCAGCCUGACCCUGGACGAACAGACUACCACCUCCUACUGGACCAGCAAUUCCCACUCCUGGCUUUGGCUUGAGGAUCAGUCUUCCUGUCCCCUUCUCCCAGCCCGGGCCACAUGAACCUUUCACAUCACCUCCACCAGAUCAGCUGCUUGGCUGAGAGCUAGGGCUGCGGUACAGAGCGAGUUCUCAAGGUGUCACUGAGCUCCGGUGAGACACCUAGGCCAGGAGUGCUCUCACCGCGGGGCCCCGUUAGCAGGGAAACCUGGCCUGCCAGGGACUUCAUCAGGGACCGCAUGCUAUUUGUACUUCUUACCUUGCUGGCUUUUCUAGAUUCUUUUUGAGUGUGGGAAGAAGGGUUUUAGUAGAAGGGUGAAUCAUAUUUUACACAGCGGUCUUAUUUAUAUAAACGUGUUGGUUUUUACAAUUAAAAUGACCAAAAACUAAACUUGGUCUA